AUGGUUUCUGGGAUCUAUGAGAGGAUCCAACAGAGAGAGCUCCGCUCCAAUGAGGAUCAUGUGACCUACGUCAGCCGCGUGGAGCAGUCGAUACUCGGCAUGAAAGACCAUCCUGUCUGUGCCCCACAGGCGCUUGGUGUGUUGCUGUCGCCUGUUGAAGUGUCAGACGUCAACAAGCCUCAGAAACAGAAGCUGUCGUCUCACCAGAGAGAGGUUUUCCUUUUCAACGACCUCCUUCUGAUCCUCAAGGUGUGUCCCAAGAAGAAAACAUCUGCCUCGUACACCUUCUGCAAAGCCAUGGGUCUACUGGGCAUGCAGUUCCAUCUGUUCUCCAAUGAAUGCUAUGCUCAUGGCAUCACCAUGCUGAGCCCCUUCACCUCCGAGAAGAAACAGCUGGUGAGUUUCUGCUCCCCCAGCGGAUGAGGAGCUGCGCAAGUUUGCCGAGGAGCUGCGAGAGUCCAUCACCGAGGUCAACGAGAUGGAGCAGAUCCACAUCCAAUGGGAGCUGGAGAGACAGCAGGGGAUCCAGCCUCACUCCUCACACACCAACGGCAGCCAGCUGGACACCCACACAGGACACGGGUCUCC